AUGCAAGUUCCAGACCGUCCGGUGAACCUUGUACCAGCAAAAGCUGGCCAGAUCAUUGUCCUCGGAAGUAUGAAGCUGAGGGUUAUGGAGGAUGGAUCGAAUACUGAUAUGCGCUUGAGCAGUGUGGAGCUCACGAUCCCCCCGAGGACGAAAGGUCCUCCUCCGCACUGGCACGAGAUGCAUGACGAAACCUUCCUGGUUACGAAGGGCACCGUUCGAUUUCAUCUCCCCGGGAAACCCGAUGUCGAUGCCAAAGCCGGCGACUAUGUCGUGGUCCCGACAAGGAGCCCCCAUACCUUUUCGAACCCAACCGAUGAGGAGUCCGUUUUUUUCAACACCUUCACCCCAGCGUUCUACAUCAACUACUUUAAGCUGCUUGGCGAGAUGGUCGAAGGAGGACCGCUGACCAUGGAGGCCAACGAGAAGGCCAUGGCAUACUAUGCAACGCUUCCCGUGCCUGAACUGUGA